UCCAUCUAGAGAACAUCAAGGUGGUCGCAAUAACGACAUAAACGCAUAGAUAAACUCAUAUUUGUCUGUUACAAGCGACAUUUCCGCAGUUUACGUAUUUUUUGCCAACAAGCGAACAUACAAAAGUGGAAACACUCCUUAUCAGUUGUUUGACGGCGUUUGGAUAAUAGCAAAAAUAGAAGCAGCGGCGGCAGCUUGAACAUACAACAGCAAUAUCAACAUUUUUAGAGGAUAUUUAAUACAUUUUCGCGGUGGCGUAAAUAAUUGUACCUCCAAUAAGAAAAAAAACUAUUUUGGAUUUUUGGUGAAAUUCUAUAAAUUUCAUACAACAUAGUGGCAACAACCGUAUGGCACGCGAGCACUUCGCAACACUGAAAAAGCAUUAAAACUAUUGACAGCGUCGAAAGAGCUGACAGCAGCAACAAGCAAUAAGCAACAACAUAUAGAGAGAGAGGGAGAGAGCGAGCCAUAUAUAGUUUGACAUUUGUUGAUUCUGACAAACGUUUAGUCGCAGCACCUAAAAGGAAUCGAAGAAAAUAAUAGUCCGGAUUGCCAAAUUUUACACGGUCGUUUGGAAUUUGUGUUAAUUUAAAUAAAAGUUGUUGAAAUUAAAAAUAGGAAUCGUAUAUCUACGCGACGUGCACGUUACCUGGCUGUGUAUGUGUGUUAAAUGUGCAGGCAAUUCGGCGAGCCACAUGCGUUAAUUUGACAGUUGCGUGCAGCUGUCUCGUCGCCUUCUUAUUGGUGUUAUCCGAUUCGAUUCUGUACUAUCCGAGAUUCCCUCAAAAAGUGUCAAAAGUGCGUUUUUGUGUUUAUUUUUGGAAUUCAAGUGUUUGCUGUUUUGUACAGGCCGCGCAAUAGGCACCAAUAAGAGCCACGUUCCUCGUGUUUACUGCUUAUGCGAUUUGAUCAAAUUUAGUGUUGAAACGAAAGAAAGUGGCAUUAAAGUGGUAAUUUGCAGUGCUGUGCCGUGUGAUACCGACCGUCAUCGCAAGCGCUCCUGCUCGCUACUGAUUACCGUGACACAAACGGCUACGGCAACGAAAGCGGUGAUAACAACAGCAGCAGCAACAGCAACAGCAACAGCUAUACAAGAGCAGUUGCUUCCGUGUGUGUUAUUUAACAAAGGUGAAAACAUAAAAUCGUCACGGUGGAGAACUUCUACCUUAGAAUGGAUCCUACGCGAGGUGACUCGCGCUACAACCUCAACUAUCCUAUGAGCGGCAUCGGUCUAAGUUUGGCCGAUCAAGCCGACAUAUAUGGUGGCAAUCCUGCGGCUGUUAGUGCGCUCGGCGGUCGUCCACCAUCAGGCGGCCUCAUACAGCCAAUGGGCGGUGGUGCAGGCGUAGGAUUCAGUUCACGUUCGAGCGGUCUCAUGCCCAACAGCACACAGUGUCAAUCCCUGGUCACUGGCACAGGCAACAGCACUGGCGGCAAUACGAGUCAUCAGCGUGGCAUCAAACGUGCUGGCUCCGAUUGCUAUGAAGAUCAUCAUCGCAGCAGUAGUGCUGCGGGCAUGUCAUCACAAUCGCUGCAAGGACUCGACUGUGUCGGUGGCAGUGGACAACAAAGUGCACAACAGCAACAACAACAGCAGCAGCAGCAACAGCAGAGCCAAGUGAGUGGCAAUGUGCCCGACGUGGUGGAUGACAGUUACACAGGGUUACAAAACAAGAAAUCACCUCCUGCCAAUGGCAAGAAAACAAAAGGGCGAGUCAAAAUCAAAAUGGAAUACAUCGAUAAUAAAUUACGUAGAUAUACGACAUUUUCAAAACGCAAAACUGGCAUCAUGAAGAAGGCGUACGAGCUUUCCACGCUAACUGGUACCCAAGUGAUGCUGUUAGUCGCCUCAGAGACUGGGCACGUUUAUACGUUCGCCACCCGCAAAUUACAACCAAUGAUCACAUCAGAGGCUGGUAAACAACUAAUACAAACAUGUCUCAAUUCACCAGAUCCGCCGAGUGUGGGCGGUGGUGAUCAACGCAUGUCAGCGACUGGCUUCGAAGAGACCGAAUUAAGCUAUAACAUAGCGGACGAGGACUCAAAAGUAAGACAAUUAAUUUACGGCCAUCAUGGUCACGCUCAUCUCAGUCACCCGCAAGCUCCUACAUCGCACUACGGACUCGAACAGAGUAUAAUGCAAUCGCCAUAUAGUGGUGGUCAACCAUCGCCGCUAUCGCAUGCGCAAGCGUAUGCCACGCACGGUGGACAUGCGCAUCACACGCACGUGCCACAUGUGCCCCACUCAACACACUCUCACAUGUCACACGCGCAUUCGCAGCGAUAGGUGAUGGUUAAGGUCAAAUGUUAGGCGGUUAAAUUGCAAACAAAUUGCGUUCGAGCGCUUUUUCGUGCGUAUGAAAGCUUAGCCGCGUUUUUCCGUGUGAUUUUUCUUAAGCUUCCAUGCGCUUAAUAGCAAUGCUCUUACACAGCUUAGCGUUAUUCUACAUUUGAAGAAAAUUGUGGUGUCAGCGACCAGCUGUCAUAGUUUUUUUCUUUUUUUUUAUUAAAACGCGUGUACUUAAAUAAUUAAUUAGUUAAAAUCGACAUUCCAAACUGCUCCCUUUAACUUCCUUUGUUUUGCAUAUAUAUUAGAAGAAAUACGUAAUGUAAUGGUCUUAUUCGUACACUGCAUUCGAGCAGGUUUUCUUUCUUCAAUUUUACUUAGUUGUAUGUAUCGAAUAAUAACGAAUACGAUCAAUGAUCUCGCCUUAAAUUAGAACAUUAAUGCUCAGUACUUUAAUAUGAGAGAACUAAAAAAACAAAAAACAAAAACAAAAACGUAUAUAAAAAACAAAAACAAACAGAAAAACAAAAAGAGAAACAAAACAUACGAAACUAGUCAUUUAUGAUGAGAUGACACGAAUCUUAAAAGGUAACAAGACAAAAUCCACAUACAUACAUACUACAAUACAUACAUAUAAAGCAACAUAACGACACUCGUACAUACACAUUUACAAUUCUUGUUGUAAUCUCAAGUAAGUUGAACUGUGCCAUAUUUUACUUCAAUUUCAAAACGAAACUAAAGACAGUCGAACACAUGUUUCCACAGUUGCAUAAAUGAAGUGAAGUGUGCUUUUAGGCGCAUGUGUGUGGCAUAUCCUUGAGUCAUUGAGUACGUUAUGUGUCUACAAACAUACACGCGUACCACCCCUUGGCUUCACUUCAUGCACUCAAAACGUGUACCAGUGCCAUAAAUUGGAACCUACAAUACCCACUCUUCAAACAAAAACAAAAACAAGAACAACCGUUGUCAUAGAAGAAAAAUCACAAAAAGGGAAAUAUAUGAUAAAGACACACUAAAAUGAAGGCAAAGAGAGAAACUAGUGAAUUUUUUCGUAAUUAAAAAAUUAUAAACUGAAUUCAGUGCCAUUUUUGAACAAACUCGAAGGCUUUAAGUUUUCGUCGGCUAUUGCAAAAAUAAAAAAUAAAGAAUAAAAUAAAAAUAAAAUACAAAUUAUAAAUGAAUAAAUUAUUUUGCGAAUAAUAUGUGCAAUAAAUGAUUUACAUACAUAUUUAAUUAUCAAUAAAAAAUAUUUUAUAUAUGAGUAGUAUAAAAUAAUAUUCUGCUGCAGAGUCUAUGUAGUGGUAGAGCAUUGCGGAUAUGAGAUUGAGCGUGAUCAGUUGAAUAAUGUGUUUGUUUUUAGUGAGUAGUAAGUGUUUAGAUGUUGUAAGAAUAUAAAUACGUAAAAAAAUAUUAGACACAGUUGCUUAUUGUUAUUUAUGUAGAUUUGCAAAAUCACAAAAACAAAAAAAAAAACAAAUCAUGAAAAUGUGUGUAAUGGUUGAGUAGGCGGUAUGGAGGAAAAUACAAACGGAAUAAACAUAAAACAAGCUGUUACAAGUUUGAUUUAAAAAAAAUUUAAUUAUAAAAGUUU